AUGGCGGGUCACCAUUUGUGGGCUUUUGCUGUGCCCUAUGAUGCCGCAGUCUUACAAUUCUUUGAAAUCCCUUCCUAUUUCCAUGCCAGGUCUAAAACUGCCUACAGAUGCAACCGGUUCAAAGAUGUGGGCGCUGGUGCCGAGACGAAACGGCCCCAUGGGCAUCUAAAUGUCAAACACCCCUCACUGUUGGUAAUUUUUCCUUUGGUGCUGGUGUUAGGCGACCUUCACAUCCCACAUCGAUCUGGCAGCCUCCCGGCCAAGUUCCGAAAGCUCUUGGUUCCUGGGAAGAUCCAACACAUCCUCUGCACUGGGAAUCUCUGCACCAAGGAGACUUAUGACUACCUGAGGACCCUGGCUGGGGAUGUUCAUGUGGUCAGAGGGGACUUUGAUGAGGGGCUGAGUUACCCGCAGCAGAAAAUUGUCACUGUUGGGCAGUUUAGAAUUGGUUUAAUUCACGGCCAUCAGGUGAUUCCCUGGGGCGAUCUAGCUAGCUUGGCCAUUCUGAGGAGGCAGCUGGACGUCGACAUCCUCAUUUCUGGACACACCCACAAGUUUGAGGCAUUGGAGCAUGAGAAGAAGUUCUACAUUAACCCAGGGUCGGCCACUGGUGCCUACACUGCCUUGGAAAGGAAUAUCAUUCCUUCAUUUGUUCUGAUGGACAUCCAGUCUUCUACAGUUGUAACGUAUGUGUACCAGCUCCUUGGAGAUGAUGUGAAGGUGGAACGGAUUGAAUUUAAGAAGAUCUCAAAUGUCUAA